UAUCGAAAAAGUUAAUAAUAAUAAUCAGCAUUAAAACCCCUAAACCUGCAACUCCAACUCCCAAGGGUUUUAUUUCCACUUGUCUUGGUUUCUCGAAGCUUCAAACUUGUACCAAACUCUUCAAAUAAGACGUGCACGCAUCUUCCACAAGUUAUAUUGAGUCAUGAAUUCUGAAAACGGAAGUGUAGAUUGGGUUGCUAACUUUCGCGACAAGUUUUAUACUUUUUGUGCAGAAGCUGACACCAUUAUACCUCAGGAACCAAUUGAAUAUGUUCGAAAUCAGUGUCUUACAGCAGGCGAAAGCAUCAAACAGUUCUGUACAGAGCUAGUCGAUGAUGCCAAGGCGGUUUUAUCGGAAGAUUUUUGUUUUCUUCCGAAAUGUCCUAAGCAGGAAAAGAAUGCUGAUUCGCCUCCUCGUAAUAUUUCAAGUAUUAAUAUCGAUUGUAACCAGGAAAGCACAUCACCCGGAGCUUCUUAUUCACCCCCUUUAUUAUCUACAGAACCCAAUUUUUCACACAUGGAAAAGGGUAAUAUUGGUAAUUUGGUGGAGUAUAAGUUACCAUGCGAUGAAGUUACUUCUUCAUCCAGUACUUGUUCAACAGAAGCAAUUCACUCCUUUGAUAAAGAUUCUGUCCGGUCGGAAAGCGAGUCUCCAAAUGAACUCUUAGAAGUUGAACAUGUGAGCGUCUCAGUUCGAGAAAAUAUGACCAGUGAAGAGUCUCGAGAGAGUAGUGUUGCUGAUGUAAGCAAAGAAACCGCUCAACGAGACCAGAAUCUUGAUGAAAGCCUCAUUGUGGUGGACUCUGGCGAAUGUCGUUCAGAUUCUGUAAUCAAGCCGUACCGCCUUACUUAUCAGAAAAUGUUAAAGAAAUUCUGCAAGAAACGACGUUCACGUAAAAGUGGCCGUCAAGUUAUUAGUGCAGAAAACGAUGCCGAAGAGUGGGAGAGAUUGGAUGAAGAAGAUAUGAAUGAUUCCGAGUGGGAGAUUGUCUGAAUGGAAGUAAUAAUCUUACCAAUUUUUGGAGGUGGAUCUGAUUCUAAAUUGUAUAGAGAGAGGAAGCAUAACCAGCUCUGCUCGAGUUUAUUUGCAUUUUCGUUUUUCAACUUUUACUAGUACGUCUCGUUAGCAAAAUAUAUUACGCAUAAUAUCUAUCAACCAUUAAAUUACCGUAAGAAUUCGAAUUAAUUGUGCAUUACGAAAUUUCAUUCUUUUUUUUA